UUAAAUCAUUAUUUGCACAGUAUGUAGCCAUUUGCACGUUGUUUCUCUGCAUUCCUGUUUAAAUGCAUUUUACAGGAGCAAUGCAAAGCCGCAGAGUUUAAAUAAAAGUGGUGUGGGAGUACAUGAAAUACAGUGCGCUAUGUGUGUCCAUUGUGUUUCUUGACCUUUCCUCAACUUCUGCGUAAACAAGUUGGAAUUGUAGGGCGUGUGUCUUGGAAAGCGGUGUUUAGCCAAUGAGCGUCGACAUCUCUACCACAUGGUCAGGUUGUUUACUACAAGAGCAGAAGCCCGCUAGAAGGCGCUGAGUGGAAAACCCGGCACCGGAUUAUGCUGGAACGGCUCAUCUCUGUGAAGACGGAAGCAAUGUGGAUUCAAACUAAAUCAAACAGAAGCUCGCCUCAUCUAUGGCAUGUAAAGUGAACACUGUAGAUUAGAGUAGACCGCUUUAAUAGUGGUGUUCUUACGGUCUUGGUGCUUCAUCAAACAUGUACAGUUACGUGUAACCGUAAAAAUCCAGGCCGGGAUUUUGAAUACCUAAACGCAAGCCGAUCUGGGCUCUGAAAAAGGACAUUUUCAAGUUACAGCCGGUCAGAGCGAGCCUUGUGGAAAGGGGGUGUGUAGAAAUUUGGCAAAGCUUGCUGUUCGUCGUUUGAAUAGCGCUGCUGAAUCUCCAUCAGGAGUUCUUCAAAGCAGUCGAGAAGAUACAAGGUGCUAGGAACAGAAAAUGGUACCGAAGACCAGACUUGGGAAACGGUCCCCACUGGGCACCCUGGUGUGUGGUUCCUCAGCGGAGGGCCUGACAGAAACGGGACCCCAUGGAUGCCCGGACAGUGGGCUUCACAGAAGCAAGCUUUACCCGGGACAGAAGGUGUAUGUGCACUGCGGCGGCCAAGAAUGUGGAGGUGUGGUCGAACAGCAUAACCACGUGGACAAUGAAGUGUCGAUCUUCCUGCCACAGCUCAACCAGCAUGUUCAUCGCAAGCUGGAAGAUGUGUGGACGAGACCCACGUCCAGUUUUACCUCCUCAGUCUCCUCGUCCAUUGAUGUGCCAAGAAGGAGUCCAGAGACAGUGGACAUGGAUGAGAUUAUGGCUGCAAUGGUGCUUACAAGUCUGUCGUGCAGUCCAGUCAUCCAACACUCGGCUCCAGGGAGCGCAACUCAAGCAUUGUGUGGAAUGGAAAAUGGUGGUGGCGAACUGUCUGAUGGUGGAUAUUGGAGCUGCGACCAUGGAAACGGAAGCCCCGCCCCAUCCCCACCCAUCGCAGAGAUGGACAAGAGCGCCCUUCUCGUCGAUGAAGGCCUGGACAUGGAACUAGACCAAAUGUUGUUCAACAAGCCAACGGCAAGGAAACGCAAGGUUGUGACUCAGAGCAAACCAGUGUCUGUUCCUGUGUCCUGUCAUUGGACUCCAUCUCUCACAGUUCACCAGAGCAAACAGGGCUCACCAUUCCGCCUUCGUUCAGUUAGUGUUGGUGAACAGUGGCUCCAAAAUAACAAUGCCACCUUCAGGCCACAUCCUGCCAGUGUUUCACCUCCAAGAAACCAUUGCACUUCAAGGAGGAUUCGGGGCGAAGCCAAGAAAUGCCGAAAGGUAUACGGCAUUGAACACCGAGACCAGUGGUGCACUGCCUGCCGCUGGAAAAAGGCCUGUCAGAGAUUCCUUGACUGAAUCCUCCUUUAGAUUGCUGGAAAUAGAACACUAACCUUACAGAGACCCGCAAGAGGUCUUACCUGGAACUAUGGUUGGAAGAAACCAAAAGAGCACCUUUAUGACUUUUUCUACUUUUUAUCGCGAUUACGUGUUUUUUAAAAUGUGCUAAGGAACCAUGUUUGUGCUGGAAGAAUGAUAAAGCAAAAAGGACAGCCUCUGCCCCACAAACUCCUGCAGUCUUUCCGCAUCUUAAAUCAAGAACUGAUGAAGUCUGACGUUCUUUUACAAGCAGCAAGCAGCCAUAUACUUUUUGUUUAAUGUGGUGUAAACAUUGUCGUCAUCAGACAUGGAUGGAAAGUUUACUUAUUCCAACUUAAUUGCUAAUAUGAGACAGGAGGUCUUUACCGUGGUCCAUUGCUUUCAGGGGCAUAAUUGGCAGCUUAUGGUUAAUUGUAGAUAAACAAGAAAGCGGAAUAAAUGUUUUAAUAACAUUAUAACGUUUAUGUUCAUGUAUGCCAUGUUUACCUGCUGAGAAGCAGUUUUUUUUCUUCGAUUUCCAGUGCGAAAUUUUGUAAAACAAACUUUUGAAAAGGAAAAAGGAAGAAAAAGAUUUUGUAUUACGAUUUUGAUAUCUGCGAUGUGUUCAAUCUUAUGUCAUGUCAUUAUCAGUGUAUUUCUGUGUCACACGUUAUACUUCUGUGGAAUGAGAUGAUUCACUUUUCUGUCACAUCAAUAUUAAGGAAUUAUCUGUGUAAACAUGCAUGAUCUGAUACUGUUAUUCGUUUACUUUUGCGCUUUUGCCCCAGUCUGCUCACUGGCUGUCCAUCUGUUUGGAUUGUGUUCUUGCCAAAGAGUAUCUCCGCAAGAUAAUACAUCAUGUACAUCUCUGCAAAAUAAUGUGAAAUGAAUCUGUUGACCAUUUAUGAGAAACUUGUAACCAACUGUUUGAUUGGUUCAUUCUUUUAAUACUGGGUCCAAAUAUUUUCUUUGUAGAACACUUCUAUUUCUUCACAUUUUUUAUGUGUAGCUCAACAUCUUUUGUAAAGCUUGAUGCUUUGACAACAUAAAUCUGAAUGUACCUUACCCUGAAGAUCUCUGUAAGUCUUUACGCAUUUCCGACAGUCAUGGUCAUAGCUGUUUAAGGACAUCCUAGUCUGAGAGACACUCGAUGAGCCUCAUGGAAAACAAUCUUUUUGUACAUUUUUGUAAAGUACUUCCAAAGUAUUUUCUUUUAUGAAAAGUCAAGAGCUGUCUGAGAUCUGUUCAAGAUAAAACUAUAAUUUCUUUUCAUGAAUCUUAUGUUGCUUCAGGCCUUUUUUUUUUUUAAAUAAACU